AUUUCUCCCCACAGAGCUCUAGGAUGUGGAUGUGAGAUAGGCAAGCAAGGAAGGCAGAUGGCGACGAGGAACAACCCUAGCCCUAUGCCCAUGGGCACGGCUCAGGGUGAUCCUGGAGAGGCAGGCACACUGCCAGGUCCUGAUGCUGGCAUCCGGGACACAAGCUCGGCCACCCAGCUGAAGACGAAGCCCAAGAAAGUGCGCAAGAUCAAGGCACUCAUCAUUGACCUGGGUUCCCAGUACUGCAAGUGUGGCUAUGCGGGCGAGCCUAGGCCCACCUACUUCAUCUCCUCCACUGUGGGCAAGCGCUACUCCAAAGGGGCUGAUGCGGGCGACACCCGCAAGGAGACCUACGUGGGCCACGAGCUGCUCAACAUGGAGGCGCCUCUGAAGCUGAUUAACCCGCUCAAAUACGGCAUCGUGGUGGACUGGGACUGCGUCCAGAACAUCUGGGAGUACAUCUUCCACACGGCCAUGAAGAUCCUCCCCGAGGAGCAUGCUGUGCUGGUCUCCGACCCCCCGCUCAGCCCCAGCAGCAACCGGGAGAAGUAUGCGGAGCUCAUGUUUGAGGCCUUUGGCAUCCCUGCCAUGCACGUGACGUCCCAGUCAUUGCUGUCCAUCUACUCCUAUGGCAAGACCUCUGGGCUGGUGGUGGAGAGCGGGCACGGUGUCUCGCACGUGGUGCCCAUCUCCGAGGGUGACGUGUUGCCAGGACUGACCAGCCGCGCCGACUAUGCUGGCGGCGACCUCACCAACUACCUGCUGCAGCUGCUCAACGAGGCCGGGCACACGUUCACGGACGACCACCUGCACAUCAUCGAGCACAUCAAGAAGAAGUGCUGCUACUCAGCACUCAAGCCGGAGGAGGAGCUUGGCUUGCGCCUGGAGGAGCUCCGUGUGGACUACGAGCUCCCAGAUGGCAAGCUCAUCACCAUCGGCCAGGAGCGCUUCCAAUGUGCCGAGAUGCUCUUCAAGCCCACCCUGGUGGGCAGCAACCAGCCCGGCCUCCCCGCGCUCACGGCCGCCUGUCUGAGCCGCUGCCAGGAGGCGGGCUUCAAGGAGGAGAUGGCCGCCAAUGUGCUGCUGUGUGGCGGCUGCACUAUGCUGGACGGCUUUCCCGAGCGCUUCCAGAGGGAGCUGUGCCUCCUCUGCCCUGGCGACAGCCCUGCAGUGGCUGCUGCUCCCGAGAGGAAGACCUCCGUGUGGACCGGCGGCUCCAUCCUGGCCUCCCUGCAGGCCUUCCAGCAGCUCUGGGUCAGCAAGGAAGAGUUUGAAGAGCGGGGAAGUGCAGCCAUCUACACCAAGUGCUGAGCCAGCGGUGUCUUGAUGGCCAGGCCUGUGGACAGGUGGCCACAGGCCACUCUAUACACAUUUACAGAAUUUCACAUAAAAUUUUA